GCAUUUUUGAUUUCAUUAUCUGUGAGCAACUUUUUAUUUUCCUCAUUGGUUUCAGACUUUAAAGAAAGACAAUUAACAUUUCGAGUAUGGUUGCCAUUUGAUGCUUACAUGACACCACUUGUAUAUUAUUUAACAUACGUUCAUCAAWUGUUAUCGUUAACAUUAGGAGCAAUCAUUCAYGUUGCUCUAGAUACUUUGAUCUGCAAUYUUUUGAUAGACAUUUGYUGUCAAAUUAAAUUAUUGGAAAAUCGUUUGACCAAAAUUACGAACGAACGAAAACAUAUUUUAAARCUUUGCAUUCGUCAUCAUGAAUCUAUAUACAAGUAUGCUGCAACAGUAAAUAAAACGUUUAAAUUUGCAAUCUUCAUACAAUUUUUGGCAAGUACAUUGACAGUCUGUUUUACAUUGUUCCAAUUAACAAAAGUGUCAACAUUUUCAUUGGAAUUUAUCAAAAUAACAGUUUUUAUAUCUGGAAUGUUAAUACAAGUUUAUCUUUACUGUUCCUACGGACAUUUAGUCACUCUUAAGAGUCAAGAAAUUGUAAAUCAAAUUUUUGAUACAAAUUUGGUUGGAUUAAACGACGACAUUAAGAAAUGUCUUUUGAUUAUGAUGAGUCGUACUACAAGGCCAAUUGUUUUUAUUGUUAUGAAUCUUUUUCCCCUGAAUCUUGAAUCUUUCGUAAGCAUACUGAAGACUGCAUACUCAGCUUACAAUUUUUUGGCACAGACACAAGAAGACUAA